CAAACCCAGCUAGCGACAUGUAUGAUGCUGUGCGUAUACGACGUCUUCGACGAGAAGGAAUGCCAAUGGAGGCUUCAUAUGAAUGGCGCCAGGCAUCUUUUUCGUGCGCUGUCACAGCGUCAGGGAGUCCGCUCUGGCAACGACUUUUUGAUGACGUGGUUCCUGUAUCACGAGGUGUUCGGGAGGCUCUCACAAUCACCCGAUCAGACUGUGUGUACACAUUCGAGGGGUUCAGCAACACAUCAAACGAUCCAGAGCUGCAUUGACAAGUGGCAGAUCAUUGGGUCAAUCGGCUGUUCCAUGGAGAUGCUCGGCUUGAUCGACGCCAUUGACAACGCCAGGAUCUCUCAUCAACCAAAGAGCAAAAUGUCUCCUCACAUGUACGAACACAAAGCAGCGCUUGAGAGGCAGCUGGAGACUUUAAAGCAGCAUGACAGCGGAAUGAAUUCUAUCGGCGAAGAUCCUACCUGUCAAACCGCAGCAACUGCAGAGCUCUAUCGUCUCGCCGGGCUGCUGUACUUGCAUCAAGUGUUGCCUCGACCUGACGAUCAGCUUCGCCGGAAUCAGAACGUGGAAGCAGCCUUCAGCUUGCUCCGGUCGAUGAAGACGUGCACAAGUCCUUGGCCGCUAUUCACGCUUGCCUGCGAAGCCAACACGGAUGAUCGUCGAACACUCCUUCUAGAUGUCUUGGAUCGCAUGGAUGAGACUCGCAAAAUCGGAAAUGUUUUCAGCUUGAGGCAUAUCAUUGAACAGGUCUGGAAACAGACCGAUCUACGAAGCAAGCCGCUGCAGUGGUGGACCAUGUUCAACCUCGAGACUGCUGGCCCUUGGUUC